AGCUCUAACCUAACUCCUGGCUUCCUCCUGGCUUCUCAGCGCUCCCGUUUCGUAGUGUACUUCGACAACAUAUUCUCUCGCCUCAUAUUUUUUCUUAUCUUGCCCUCCGUUGUUGUCAUCAUGCGCCGUUACUCUAGCCAGCUUGUGUGCACCGCCGUGGCAGCCCGCUUUGCCUCCGCCGGCGCGAAGAAGUACGACCUGUUCGGCUACGAGGUGGACACCAACACGGCGCCGUGGAUCGAGAAGGUGAAGAAGUGCCAGUACUACGACGAGGCCGGCGAGGUGCUGGUGAGCAUGAACGUGAAGAACUGCCCGCCGGACCUGGAGACGUACAACGCGACGCUGCAGAAGAUCUUCGAAGCGCCGAGCAAGUCGGAGAAGCCGGUGGAGAACGAGAGCAAGUUCUGUGCGAUGAUGGAUCUGAUGGAGGAGAUGCAGCACCGCAACAAGGUGAAGCCGGACGUGCAGUCGUGGACGUGGGUGCUGAAGGACUGCGUGCAGAGCGGCAACUUCCGCCUGGGCUUCUGCGUGGCGAAGCUGAUGGAGGCGGAGUUCAAGAGCGUGCCUGCGGAUCUGGUGAAGAAGAACGAGGAGAACGCGGCGAAGGCGAAGGCGGAGGGCAAGGAGCACCCGAGCACGAUGACGCAGCAGCAGAGCCUCUUUGAGAUCAAGAUCCAGUAA